AUGGCACUGAGUGAAAACUGCAAAACGCAACCUGCAAAAGAACAAGGCUUGGUGCAAAAUCCUCCAUCGGAUGUAGUUGAACUAAACGUGGGUGGACAAGUGUACUACACUCGUGUUGGCACUUUGACAAGCUUUCCAAAUUCCUUACUUGGGAAGCUAUUCUCGAACAAGAAAGGGUCUUCAAAUGACUUAUCCCGGGACCUUAGAGGACGUUAUUUCAUUGACAGGGACGGUUUUCUGUUCCGGUAUGUAUUGGAUUACCUUAGAGACAAGCAAGUUGUCCUCCCUGACCACUUCCCCGAGAGGGGAAGAUUGAAACGAGAAGCGGAAUACUUCCAGCUGCCUGAUUUGGUGAAACUUUUGUCGUCCGAGGAGUCAAAACUACUCUCAGACGACAUAUACUACAGUGAUUACGACGAUGUGUCGCAGGGAAGUGACCAGAGGUUUUACCCCCCUUAUUCCCUGGAUAGGAGGUACGGCUACAUCACGGUCGCUUUCAAAGGCGUUUGCGCCGGGGGAGGCAGGGAAAGUCAAAUUGAUACCAAGACCAAAAAGUUACCGAGGAUCUUCAUCAGCAGCAGGAUCGGCUUGGCCAAAGAGGUGUUUGGAGACGCCCUGCAUGAGAACAGGGACCUGGACAGACCGCCAGAUCGUUACACCUGCAGGUUUUUCCUCAAGUUCAGACACCUGGAGAGGGCUUUUGACAUGCUGUCAGAAAGCGGCUUUCACAUUGUGGCCUGCAACUCGUCCCUGACUGCGUCCUCCAUCGGUCAUUACGCGGAUGACAAAGUCUGGUCCAAUUACGCACAGUACAUCUUCUACCGAGGGCCCUCAAGGUGGAUGUCCUCUCACUGUGACUGCUGCUGCAAGAGCCACAAAAGUGAGCGUGAGGGAGAGAGCGGCACUUCCUUCAACGAGCUCUCCACUUCCUGUUCCGAGACCCAGUCGGAGGCCAGCUCUCCCCAAGGGACCGUGAUCUGCGGCCCGGUGAGUCGGCAGUCCCACAUCCAGACGCUUGACCGUCCCAUGCCCAAAGGACCAGGUCACAUGAUGCAGCAGUCUGAAAUGCGCCGCAAGACCGACGGGCUCCGGGUGAGGACCUUCGGGGUCAGAGAACGAGAGGCCGCAAAGAGGAAAGCAAACAAGGAGAAGAUGACUCCGGAGCAGGAAAUGGAGAAAUGCAUCCAGGACUUCCGGCGUAUUAGGAUUCCCGAUCGCUUUCCGGAGAGGAAGUACAUGUGGCAAUCAGAGCUCCUGAGAAAAUACCAUGUUUGAAAAUAAAGAAGAAGAGAUGGAAGUAUCAUGUCAACAACAGUAUUUACUAAAAAGGCAAUAGACAGCACCCUCUAAGACACACACUGUAUUACACAAAAGUCCACUUUCCCGCCAGCAUGAGUAGCUGAGCACACAAAGUACAAGGCAGUGUGAGUCCUUGAUUUGUUAAGUAUGCACAGUGUUGUGUGUGAUAUGCACAAGUGUAAAUCAGGUUACUCCUGUUGGGGCUUACAUCAACACCCCUGUUCUCACUUCAGAGAGCCGGGAGCCAGUCGCACUAAAGGCUAUUAUGUCACUAGUUGAAGCAACAAAGCAACCUCAGGGGCAACAUCAUUUCAACUCAUCAACUUAUCACUUACUGUUUGUGCUAUUUCCCACAAUAGCUGUUUUUUAAACAUGGAUGUACCCAGAUGGUGCUGUGAGUUAGCGAUUGAAUAUCACUUUACUCCACUAAUAACACAUAAACUAAUAGUAGGCUUUGGUAAAGGCACUGCAUGUCAUUUCACCUUUAGCAUAAUUAUGCAAUAUCAAACAAACUUUCAAUUCACUAUUCUGUGUGAUGGAUGAAAAUGGUGUGACCGUUAAUUCAAUGAGGAAAGCACUGCCUAGAUCUGUUUGCCAUUGUAAAAAAAAUGUGUCCAAUGUUGUCCAUAUGUGUUGGAUAGAUGAUGUUGUGUAGGUAGAGUAUAUAAUGCCAAUGGAUAAUAGACUAAUCCUCGAUUGUAAGUGUGCAAAAAAGCAAAUAAAUGGAUUAGAAUUGUA